AUGGAAAACACUGAAAAAGAUCUAAAAAUCGACUCAAAAGCCUACCUUAGAGGUAAACUGAAAGUAGUUGUUUUAUCAUUUACUUUCAUGGCUUUAUUCUCCACUUUCAACUCUGCUUAGAAUCUUGUAGGAAGUCUUUACACCUCCUAAGGAUAUGAUGACUUAGGUUUGAUUUCUCUAUUCGUUGUUUACAUCGUAUUUGCUUUCGCAAGUUUCUUUGCUAACUUCUUUAUCAAUAAAUUCUCCUACAAGGUAAUCUUCUUCUUCAGUAGUUUAGGUUACGUUGCUUUUGCAGCUUCUGGUAUUUGGGUUUGCUCAUGUAAGAAUGCCAUACAUGAAGGUGCAUGCUCUAAGGGUGUAAUUUACUUCAUAGUCCUUGCCUCUGCAGCCCUUUGUGGUUUCAGUGCUUCUACAAUUUGGGUAGCAUAAGGUGGCUAUAUUGAUUCAAUCAGUUAAGAUUUCCCUAACAAAAAGGGUACUCUUUUUGGUAUUUUCUGGGCUAUCAACUAAGGUAGUUAAAUUGUUGGUAAUUUGAUGGGUAUGUUCAUUCUUAACUAUCUUGAUAAUCUAUAUUAUUUCUUGAUUAUGACAUUCCUCGGAUUAGGUGCUUCAUUCCUCUUCCUUCUUCUCCCCAGUGUUAGCAAGAAGAAAGAAGAAAACGGAAAUCAAGUUUCUGCUAUUUCACAAGCCAAGAGUGUCUUUGUUUUAAUGGGAACAAGAAAAGUACGUCCUUUCUUACCUUUGAUUUCUCUUGCUGGUGUUGUUGUAGCUUUUUACAGUGGUUUCCUUUCUAAGCUCGUAAACAACUCUAUUUAAGCUGAUACCAACACUGAUGAUGGUAAAGACGAAGUAAGCAAAAAACUUUCAUUCGUUUUGAUAGUUCUUGGUUGUAGUGAAGUUAUUUCAGGUAUUAUUUCUGGUAAACUUGCUGAUAAAUUCAACAUUUACAAAAUCGCUAUUAUAGCUACAAUUACUGUCUAGAUUGCUCUUUUACUUUCUUUCUUAGGUCUUUACACUAACAGUUAUUUGGUCUGUUUCUUUGUUGCUGCUUGCUGGGGUUUUAACGAUUGCUUCUUACAAAACGUUACAUCUGUUAUUUGUUCAAAAGAUUAUGAAGGAUAACUCGAAAUCUUCUAAAUUAAUCGUUUCCUUUAAAGUAUCACAGUAGCUAUUGUUUAAAUCAUUAAUGUCCUCUUGAAGAACUCUCCUGAUUAUAUUUUUGUUUUUAUUAUUUUUAUCUUCUAGAUGGUCACUAAUUACUUCACAACUUAUUUAGAUAAGAAACCAGAUAUUAAAUCUACUACCACACUUAUAAAAGCUAAUUCAGAUGAAGUUCAUCAUGAUUUCGAAUUAGAAAAAUUAAAAAGCAAAAAUUCAACUGAUAAAGCUAUGCAUUAAAAUCUUGAAACAUAAGGUGUUGCUGUUGCUUCAGCCAGCUGA